AUGAGUGAAUUGAGAAGCGAAAGAUUGAUUGAUAGGAAAUUAAAGUUUUUUGUAUGAAAAAUAUGAGUAAUCUUUGCGUGAUGGCGUUCUUGAAAUUUCCUAGAGAAUCCGUCUGAUUCCAAUCAGUGAAAUGCGGCGGCAACGGACCGAGUUCGGCCUCCAUGUUGUCGCCCGACGACUCAGGCUGACCGGACGUAUUUCUUGCCAAAGCAAGUCCAUCAGAAUUCCGGUUCCCCGCCCCGUCUUCUCCGAUGACGCCGGGGAGAGCGCACCACCACCUCCUCCUCCUUUCUUUCCUCGUCUUCGGUUCCUUCUCGGCUGUUUCCGGCGAUACCAACUACAUUCGUCACCGUCACCUCUCGCCUGCGUCCGCCCCCUUGCCGUCCCUCUUGACUUCCACCUCCUCCUCCGACGCGCCGUCCCGCCUCUUCGUCACAUUUGUCCUCGUCGUCUUCUUCAUGCUCGGUUUCAUUUCCAUCUACCUCUGCCGCCUCACCAUCGACCUCGUCAUCCUGUCGUCUCCGGGGCACCACGCCCAGGCGCACGGCAACCCCAGCAGCGACUCGGACGAGCCCUACGACGUCGGCCUCCACCCUAAGCUCAUCGCCUCGUUCCCCAUCUUCCCUUACUCUGCGGUGAAGGAAAUCCGGCCAGACUCGCCAAACCUCGAGUGCGCGAUAUGCCUCUCCGAAUUUGAAGGAGAAGACGUCUUCCGUCUGCUUCCAACCUGCGGUCACGGCUUCCAUCCGGACUGCAUCGACGGCUGGUUGGUCUCUCACUGCACCUGCCCUGUCUGCCGGUGCAACUUGAAUUCCGACGUCGAGGUGCGGUCGACGAUGCCGGUGUUUGCGGAGAUACGGCACGGCGGGCGGCUGUCGUUCAAGGAGGAAGAAAGCAGGAUGCUGAUGCAGUUUCACUCUGCACGAAGCAGCGUCUUAGGUCCUGGUGCUGGUGGGCAGAUGGCGGGGGGCAGUCGGCCGGAAUCCUCUUCCUACCGACGAUUUUCUGGCAUGGUUGCGGGGAAUUGUUUAGGCGAUGAGGAAGCCGGCGUGCCUCAUCGAUAAUGGCGCCGGGGAAGGUGCUCCAACCUGUGAAUAUUUUUGCCCUUUCUGUUUUCACGAGAAAUUGUAUCUGAAAGAGUUCAGAUUUUGUUUAUUGAUAUCGGACCGUUGAUCCUCGACAACGGACGGCCGACAAAAAAAAAAAAAAAGAACUCCGAUGACUCAUAUUUUUCAGGAUAAACAUAAAA